UGUAGGGGGCGCCUGCAGCGUCCUUUUGUUGACAUACGUCACCAAGACGCGACGGACGAUCAGAGGGGUUUUGAUUAGAACAUUUACGAUCCGUUUUGAAAGCACAACACAAGAGGAGCUCAUUUGUCGCCCUCAGACGCAUUUCGAUGGCCCCAGUGAGAGUUAGCUAAACUUCUCUGGCCUUGAUUCAAAUCUAAAGAACUGCAAGACUCUGAAAGAAAGAAAACCGCUGACGGUGGGACCAUGUACCCCACAUAUUCCUCUGCUCUGACCAUCUCGUCUCUUGCUGUAGUUUGACUGGAGGACGCCAGGAGCUGCAGCAGCAGGGAUGAGGAUCCGCCUGCAGGGUCCCGGACACGCUGCCAGCCUUCUCGCCGAGCUCAACCGCUGCAGACAAUCACGUCGAUACUGCGAUGUGUUCCUACAAGUUGGCAACCGCACAUUCGCGGCCCACCGUGCGGUGCUGGCCUGCGCCGGGACGUACUUCCGCAACCUGUUCGCCCGGGCUCCAGCCCCGUCCACUGCUUCCUUCUCUCUGGAGUUCAUCUCCCCGGCCAACUUUGAGAAGGUGCUGACGUUUGUCUACACGGGGGAGAUCCUGACUGAUCUCAUAGAUGUCGGGGUGCUGUAUGAGCUGGCGGAGAGGCUGGGCGUCAGCGAACUGGUGAGGGCCUGUCACGCCACCUUCCCUGACCUGCAAGCUUCUGUGUCUGCAAACUGUAAAGCCAGCAGUUCUGGAGACCUCGGCCUGGACUCCCGCAUGGUUGUUGCCGCUGUGUCCACAGUGGCUGCUGUCAGUGCAGCUUCUGCAUCUGCAUCGUCUGCAUGUUCCUCCGCCACCUCCUGCUCGUCUCUGUCUUCGUCUGCUGCCCCUCCCUCACCUCUCUUCCAAGCCAGGACAGCCAGGGAUGGUCGUGAAGCUCACGCCGGGGCUCUGUCUCUGGACCUGAAGGCAGAAGACGUCCAGUCUCAAAUCGGCUACGGCCAGACGGCAGCAGAUCAUCAACCACCAGGAGGACACGGUCUUUUAACCAGCAGCCAUUCCAGUCAGUGUAUCAGCGUGCUGCCUCCGGGUCCGGUGCUCCAGCUGAAGACUGAGCAGGGGCUGGAAGAGGAGGAGGCAGAGGGCAGCUGUGAGGAUGGUGACAGAGACAGACGAAUGGUUUCUGAGAGCACACGAAGCUCUCAGCCCCAGAGCGGCGACGCUGCACCGUCUGACUCCUGCUCCUUCCCCGACUCCUCGGCUCAGCUCGGACCUGAGGCCUGCAACCCGACGUCGUCCUCGGGAGAGCCUCUCGGCAGCCUGCAGGUCGGACCCGUGGAGGGCGGCGUGGUGGACGUGCAGAGGGAUGGCAGGCUGAUGUUUGGAGAGGUGGAGGAGGGAGAGAACGAGGAGGAGAGGGAGGCUCUGCAAGGCAAUGGGGCUGUGGAGGGAACCGAGGAGGAGCAGUGGAGACAGCUGGCAGGCGAGAUCAUUGAGCUGAGCGAUGAUGAGAACUUCAUGGAGGAGGGAGAUGAGGAUGAUGAUGAAGACGACCUUGUGUGUGUGGAGAAUGGAGAGGGAGGUAACUCCGGCAACCAGGUGACAGGAAACAUGCUGUCAUGUAAAGCCUGCUCAGUGCCUCUCCCAGCAGACCCGGCUGCCAUCAGACGACACGCCGAGACCCACCUGACGGAGCUCGGGCUCUGCAGAGUGUGCGGGGCCUCGCUCCCGGACCGCGCUGCCGGCGUCGCCCACAUCCUCUCCCACGUCGGCGUGCAACUCUUCACCUGCGACAUGUGCCACAUGCAGUUCUGCAGCCAAAACAAGCUGCUGCGCCACCACCGCCAGACGGCCUCCUGUUACACGAUACCACAGGGGGCGCUGACCAACAGCGGCCAAGGCCUGAGCCCCGAGCUGCAGUGUGCCGUGUGCACCAAAACCCUCAGCAGGGACUUCCAGUCUGUCAAAGACCACCUGCUGAGCCAUGUGUGCCCGCAGAGCCUGAGCUGUGGUGUUUGCCACCUCCCCCAGCUGUCCUUGUGCUCCCUGCUGUGGCACGGCCUCGCCCACCUCUCUCUGCCCGUCUUCACCUGCCCACACUGUGCCCGCUGCUUCGUAGAGCGCGCCCUGCUGGACAGACAUAUGACUGCACACGCCGAGGAGGCGGCCGCUAAGGAGAGGCAGCUGAGGGAUCUCAGAGUCGGGGAAGGUGGUGCGGCAGGAUUGGAGGAGUUGCACUGCUUCCUGUGCCCACAGACCUUCCGCUCCUCCUCCGCCUUUCAGUACCACCUCAGCCUGCACACAGCCGAGUCCCUGGGCGGCAGUGGAGGUGCUGGGGGCCAGGCCUGGCUGGGCAAACGUAAAGCCGACCAGUCUCUGGAGUGCCCUCAGACUUCCUGCUCCUCCUCUUCUCCACGGGAGGCUGGUGGCCUUGUUAAAAUGAGCAACCUGGGUUUGGGCCUCGGCAUGGGCUUCAGUAUACCAGAUAAGUUAUUUCAAGGGUCAGUGAACAGCCUGCCGUCCGGGGUCCUGACCAAUGGGAGUUCAGGGCAGGACGGGGGAGCAGCUGGCGUCCGUGGAAAAUGGUACCGGUGUCGCUACUGCGGUAAACGUUUCGCCCACUCGGGGGAGUUCACCUACCAUCUCCGCAUCCACACCGGGGAGAAGCCCUACCAGUGCAAAGUGUGUCUGCGUUUCUUCAGAGGCCGCUCCACCAUGAUCUGCCACCUGAAGACGCACGCCGGCGCUCUCAUGUACCGCUGCACCGUCUGCGGUCUUUACUUCUCCACGCUGAAGCUGGUGUCGUCACAUAUGGAGCUGCACAAGGACCACCUGCCCCCGGACUUCAACAUCGAGCAGACCUUCAUGUACAACGAUCACUCUAAAGAACCGCUGCCCGCUGUGGACACCUGAUGGGCCUGGUGUUUCUCUCCUCGUCCCUUUUGCCUCUCUGACGCCUCCUCUGUGUCUGGUUGUCGUGGACCACAUAGUGCAUAUAAAAGACCAGGGCUGCAACCAACAAUUAUUACCAUCAUUGGUUGCUUGUUUGUUCUGGAGUUUUUUUGUAUUAAUUGAUUUAAAUUUUAGUUUGUACAAUUUAAGUACAGCACAAAGUCUAAUACAUUAACGUCACAAAGUUCAAAAAGUCCCAGCAGCAAAUCCUCAUGUUUGAGAGGCUGCAGCAAGCAUUUCUUUGUCGAUCAAUGACUGAAGCAAGUGAGUGGAUUGACAAUAUUGUUCCAGAUUACAGCUAAUCGACUAAGCGUGUCAGCUCUGUAAUAGACUUAGACUUUUAGAGUGUAGUGGACAUGUUAUCCGUCCGACGCUGUUCGCACGGUCGACCUGCUUGGAGGUUUCGUCUCUUUGAACUGAAGUAAAAAGCAGCCACUUGGUGGCGGCGUUUCCUGUUCUGUGUCAGUGACAGAAGAGAAGCUGGCGGAUUGUUGACUGUCAUGCUCUGCUUGUGUUUGUCUACUCCGAACAAGUCUGUAACUUUAUAACUUAAAUAUCAGUAUAGGUUUUUAUGUCAGCCAUGGAUAAUUGAACUGUUAUUAAAGUAGCACCUCAUUGUAGCAUAGAAAUUAUUUUCCUAUACUUGCGAUCACUAAUAGAUUUUUCUAUGUGUCUUUUUAAAGUUUUCACUCCACAGAUACAACAUGAGCAGCCUCGUCUGUCAUUUUCACACAUAAAAACGUGUUUCUGAUGUUUAGUCACAUGCUGCAGUGAGCAUGUGAAGCAUGUUGUGCUGUGAAAACAUAUUUAAGUGCCCGUUAACAUUUCUGUGUAAUAUUUGUGUCUUACCUCAUAUUUAUGAUUACAGUGCAACUAUUUAUUAUUUUCUAUGCCUUUAAAAAUUUUCUUAUCUGUUUCUAAAGGUAUCUAUGAAUGUUGACCUUUUUAAAAUAUUGUUUUUGAAAAGAAUGAAUAAUAAAUGCCUCGAGAAACAAC